AUGAGACGUGCAGGGAUCAAAGAUGUCCAGCUGAAGAAGAAAAUUCAAAAUUAUGUGAAGACUAAGUCCAAUUCUUCGUCUUCAAGCAUCAGUCAUGGCCCUCCUUCGUACCCAAUCAUUGGCUGUCUUAUCUCUUUCUAUCAAAAUCGCCAUCGUCUCUUAGACUGGUACACCCAUCUCUUAUCUGAAUCUCCGACGCAAACUAUCCUUGUCCGCCGCCUUGGUGCACGGAGGACGAUAAUCACGGCGAACCCUUCUAACGUAGAAUUCAUCCUCAAAACGAACUUCCACAAUUUCCCCAAAGGUAAACCCUUCACUGAGAUUCUCGGUGACCUACUUGGCUGUGGCAUAUUCAAUGUUGACGGCGAGCUAUGGUCGGAACAGCGAAAAAUAGCGAGCCAUGGCUUCAGCACGAGGUCACUCAAAGACUUCAUUGUCAAAACUCUUGAAGAAGAAGUUCAGAAGAGGCUAAUUCCUUUGUUCGAAUCAGCUUCCAUUACAAACCAAGUUGUGGAUUUGCAAGAUAUUCUUAGAAGAUUCACAUUUGACAGUGUUUGUAAAGUCUCUUUGGGUACUGAUCCUUGUUGCUUAGAUCUCUCUCAGCCUGAUCUUCCUCCACUGGUUCAGGCUUUCGAUAACGCCUCUGCGAUAAGCGCCAGGCGAGCAACCGCGCCGGUGUUUCUCAUAUGGAAGCUGAAGCGAGCAUUGAAUAUUGGCUCUGAGAAGUCACUGAAACAAGCUGUUAAACUCGUGCACGAGUCGGUUCUCGAGAUCAUAAGGAACAAGAAGAAGAACAUUAACACAGUACAAGACAAUGAAGAUUUGUUGACACGAUUGUUGCUCGCCGGGUACGAUGAAGUGUUAGUGAGAGAUCUGGUGAUAAGCUUUAUAAUGGCGGGAAGGGAUACAACUUCGGCGGCGAUGACGUGGCUGUUCUGGUUGAUUUCAAAGCACCCGAACAUCGAAGAAAUGAUAGAGAAGGAAAUGGGAGAAGUGUUUGGAUCAGUUGAUGAAGAAGAUGAUGAUGAGGUGAGAUUGAUGAUGAAGCCAUUUGAUUAUCAAGGUUUGAAGGAGAUGAAUUUUCUGAAGGCAUGUUUAUGCGAAUCGAUGAGGCUGUACCCGCCGGUGCCGUGGGACUCGAAGCAUGCGGCGGCCGAUGGCGUGUUGCCGGACGGGACCGCUGUGAAGAGAGGCGAUAGGGUGACGUAUUUCCCGUACGGAAUGGGGAGGAUGAAGGAGUUAUGGGGGAAGGAUUGGCAGGAGUUUAGACCGGACCGGUGGUUCGAUGAACCGGUCGGUGAUGACCACACCGGUUGGGUUGGGACAAUGAAACAAGUGAGCCCAUACAAGUUUCCGGUUUUUCAGGCGGGUCCUAGAGUGUGUCUUGGAAAAGAGAUGGCAUACAUACAAAUGAAGCAUGUGGUAGCUUCAAUAGUGAGCCGGUUCAGGAUUAAACCGGUCUGCGAGAACCAGCCGGUUUUUGUCCCCCUGUUAACGGCGCAUAUGGCUGGUGGGUUCAAAGUGAGGAUCUACAAGAAAUCUUGAAAAAUGAUACAUGGCCACAUCUUCAUGGACGGUGCAGCAUGUAUAAUUAUAUAUAUAUAUAUAUACAUAUAGUGUAUAUGGACUGGGAUUGCUAAGAUGAUAAGCCCAGGAAUGUGACUAAAAAGAGUCGUAUGAUUUUGACGUUUUUGAAUUUAUUCAAUAAUUGUUAU